GCGAGGGUGAGAAUGAGAAUGAACUCGAGAGCAGAGCUUUUCGCUCCCGAUUUCGGCCAGCAAGAAGCUAAAACGCUACGGUGGAUGUGCGGUUGCGUUCAGUUGAGCGCCGUACACGUUCGAAGCAGGUCGCGUUCCGUUAGCAAGCCUCUUGCCUCCUCAGUGUGGUGUGGUGGUGUUGUGCUGCUCUACUCUACUCUACUCAUCGUAACAUCCCCCUCAACCAACAAAACGAGCCUCUUGAGAAUAUAGAGUGUAAGAUUUUUCCCCCCUCGAUCGAAGAAAAAUGACAGUGUGAGAAGAAGCGAAACGAAGAAGCAGAGAGCGCGUGUAGAGAAGAAGAAGAAGAAGAAGCAAGGAAGGAAAGGAAAGUGUUGUAGGAAAAUCGAUUUUACGAAAGUGUGAGAAAGUGGAAGAAAGCUGGUGAACGGAGGAAAGCCUAAGGAGUAACGAACACUACCACCCCGCCCCAGCCAGCGGCCCAAACCCAGCCGAGAAGGAAGGAUCCCUGUGCCCCAGGAGCAUCCCCCUUCGCAAGCACCCAUCCCCCUCCUUCGGCGAGGAAGUUGAAGUUGUCAAACAGGAGUUGAAAAACAUUAGACCACCAGCAGAAGAGGAGGCACUUGGAGGAUCCUGCACGACAACAGAGCCAAGAGCCAGGGAAGAAAACAGUUGCGCAACCUGGUAGCGGUUCCACUGUGAUUCUGUAAGGCUGAGGAUUUUUUGUUCCGGGGGAAUCCCCCGCUUAAUCUAGAAUAGCAUCAUCAUCACCAUCAUUGUACCAGACAGACGGCCUACCUGAUCCUAGGUCAUGUCCUCCGAGACCGGCAGGACGGACUCGUAUCGAGUCGCCACGGUGGCACCGCUGAAGGAUGACAACCGAACCGCCGAUGGCCAAUUCAAGUCAAGACGCAAAAUGCCACCAAAGAAGAAAGGAGAUAACUUGGAUGAUCUGAAACAGGAGUUGGACAUCGAUUAUCACAAAAUCACACCGGAAGAAUUGUACCAGCGACUUCAGACACAUCCAGAGAAUGGUCUCAGCCACGCGAAGGCGAAGGAGAACCUAGAACGAGAUGGACCAAACGCACUUACCCCACCUAAACAGACGCCCGAAUGGGUCAAGUUCUGUAAGAAUCUCUUCGGUGGCUUCGCUCUGCUGCUGUGGAUCGGUGCUAUCCUGUGUUUCAUUGCCUACUCGAUCCUGGCCAGUACCGUCGAGGAACCGGCCGACGAUAACCUGUACCUCGGCAUCGUGCUGACCGCCGUCGUGAUAGUUACCGGUAUUUUCUCGUAUUAUCAGGAAUCGAAAAGUUCGAAGAUUAUGGAAUCGUUCAAGAACAUGGUGCCCCAGUUUGCGACCGUACUGCGUGAGGGCGAGAAGCUGACCCUGCGCGCCGAAGAUCUGGUCAUCGGUGACGUCGUGGAGGUCAAGUUUGGCGACAGGUUACCGGCCGAUAUUCGCAUCAUCGAAGCCCGAAACUUCAAGGUCGACAACUCUUCCCUGACCGGAGAGUCGGAGCCGCAGUCCCGUGGACCGGAUUUCACCCAUGAGAACCCCCUGGAAACCAAGAAUCUGGCCUUCUUCUCGACCAAUGCCGUCGAAGGUACCGCCAAGGGUGUCGUCAUCAGCUGCGGUGAUCACACCGUGAUGGGUCGUAUCGCUGGUCUCGCUUCCGGUCUGGACACCGGUGAAACUCCGAUCGCCAAGGAAAUCCACCAUUUCAUCCAUCUGAUUACCGGCGUGGCUGUGUUCCUCGGUGUGACCUUCUUCGUGAUUGCCUUCAUCCUCGGCUACCACUGGCUGGACGCCGUUAUCUUCCUGAUCGGUAUCAUUGUCGCCAACGUGCCGGAAGGUCUGCUCGCCACCGUUACCGUCUGUUUGACCCUGACUGCCAAGCGUAUGGCCUCGAAGAACUGUUUGGUCAAGAAUUUGGAAGCCGUCGAAACCCUCGGAUCGACCUCGACCAUCUGCUCGGAUAAGACCGGUACACUGACCCAGAACCGUAUGACUGUCGCCCACAUGUGGUUCGACAACCAGAUCAUCGAAGCCGACACCACUGAGGAUCAGAGCGGUGUUCAGUACGACCGUACCAGCCCUGGAUUCAAGGCCCUGUCCCGCAUCGCUACCCUGUGCAACCGUGCCGAAUUCAAGGGAGGUCAAGAAGGUGUCCCAAUUCUGAAGAAGGAAGUCAGUGGUGAUGCUUCGGAAGCUGCUUUGCUCAAAUGUAUGGAACUGGCUCUCGGUGAUGUCCUGAGCAUCCGCAAGCGCAACAAGAAGGUCUGCGAAAUUCCAUUCAACUCCACCAACAAGUACCAGGUUUCCAUCCACGAAACUGAAGAUCCCAGCGACCCACGUUAUCUGCUGGUCAUGAAGGGUGCCCCCGAACGUAUUCUGGAACGCUGCUCGACCAUCUUCAUCAACGGCAAGGAGAAGCUGAUGGACGAAGAGAUGAAGGAAGCCUUCAACAAUGCCUACCUGGAGCUCGGAGGUCUCGGUGAACGUGUGCUCGGAUUCUGCGACUUCAUGCUGCCAUCGGACAAAUUCCCCGCUGGAUUCAAGUUCAACUCGGAUGAAGUGAACUUCCCGUGCGAGAGCCUGCGCUUCGUCGGCCUCAUGUCCAUGAUUGACCCUCCCCGCGCGGCUGUACCCGAUGCCGUCGCCAAGUGCCGCUCCGCCGGUAUUAAAGUUAUCAUGGUUACCGGUGAUCACCCGAUCACUGCCAAGGCCAUUGCCAAGUCUGUUGGUAUCAUCUCGGAGGGCAACGAAACCGUCGAAGACAUCGCCCAGCGUCUGAACAUUCCGGUUUCGGAGGUUAAUCCUCGUGAGGCUAAGGCCGCCGUUGUGCACGGUUCGGAACUGCGCGACCUGUCCACCGAUCAGAUCGACGAAAUUCUGCGCUACCACACGGAGAUCGUGUUCGCUCGUACCUCGCCGCAGCAGAAGCUGAUCAUCGUGGAGGGUUGCCAGCGGAUGGGAGCCAUCGUGGCCGUCACCGGUGACGGUGUCAACGAUUCGCCUGCCCUGAAGAAGGCUGACAUUGGUGUUGCCAUGGGUAUCGCCGGGUCCGAUGUGUCCAAGCAGGCCGCUGACAUGAUCCUGCUCGAUGACAACUUCGCUUCGAUCGUUACCGGAGUCGAGGAGGGCCGUCUCAUUUUCGACAACCUGAAGAAGUCGAUCGCGUACACGCUGACAUCCAACAUUCCGGAGAUCUCGCCCUUCUUGGCGUUCAUCCUGUGCGACAUUCCGCUCCCGCUCGGAACCGUCACCAUUCUGUGCAUCGAUCUGGGAACUGACAUGGUCCCCGCCAUUUCGCUAGCCUAUGAGGAAGCCGAGUCCGAUAUCAUGAAACGUCAGCCACGUAAUCCGUUCACUGAUAAAUUGGUCAACGAAAGACUUAUCUCGAUGGCCUACGGACAGAUCGGUAUGAUCCAGGCCGCGGCCGGUUUCUUCGUCUACUUCGUCAUCAUGGCUGAAAACGGAUUCUUGCCGCUGCACCUGUUUGGCCUCCGCAAGGGCUGGGACUCAAAGGCCGUCAACGAUCUGACCGACUCGUACGGACAGGAAUGGACCUACCGUGACCGCAAGACGCUCGAGUUCACCUGCCACACCGCGUUCUUCGUCUCGAUCGUCGUCGUCCAGUGGGCCGAUUUGAUCAUUUGCAAGACCCGUCGUAACUCGAUUUUCCACCAGGGCAUGAGAAACUGGGCGCUCAACUUCGGUCUCGUGUUCGAGACGAUACUGGCUGCGAUCCUCUCGUAUACGCCCGGCAUGGACAAGGGCCUGCGCAUGUUCCCACUCAAAUUCGUUUGGUGGCUGCCAGCCUUGCCGUUCAGCUUGUCCAUCUUCGUGUACGACGAAAUUCGUCGUUUCUACUUGAGACGCAACCCAGGUGGCUGGUUAGAGCAAGAAACGUACUAUUAGGUCAACAAAUUUAUAUUUAAAAAGAUUAAUUAAAAAGAAGAAGGAAAAACUGAAAAAACUGGAGAUAAAAAAGAACCGUAAAAAAUAACAAAAAAUGAGCAUAAAAAAGUAAUUAUAUUUUUUUAAUUAUUAAAUUUAUAUAAAGUUAUAAAUUAUGAUUUCCACACACAGACACACGAAAAAAGAUGACGAAGAAGAAGAAGAAACACACAGACACACGAAGAUGAAAAAUACUAGCGGAAAAAAUCGUGAAGAAGAUAAGAAGCAGUAUCUCCCGUCCUCAUCGAACUCAAUUCCCCCUUGUGCACAUUAACAUUCACAACCGACAAGUCUCCCCUUCGCAUCUAUAUAAUUAUCUCUCACGCACACAGUCACACACGUUUCCCGCUCACGCGCGUAUGGAUGUUGCCAUGGAAACUUUGUGUAAACGGAGAAAAAAGUCGUACAAACACAAGCAUACAGCAGCAACAGCAGUAGCGGCGUGCCUACAAUACAACGCGAUCGACUCCGGUUGAACCAACACAUUCGCACCCAGCCCACCACCCGUCGUCGUCGUCGUACACUUACACACUCACACACACACACACACAUGAUCACAUCCGCAUACACACAUACAAAAUCACUCACAUACGCCAGUUGCGCAUUUUCGGAGCAGCUAAUCGUUAUUGAAGAAAAAUCGCGCGUUCGUGUUAGUUUUUAGCCACAGGCAGAGACUCUAUAGCAGCCUAAAAGCCGAAACGGGAAGAGCGAGAGAGGACAUUUUACUAAAUUUGAGAAAUAAAUAAUAAACAAGCGAAACAAGUAAUCUAAUCCGUGUGAGCCUAUCUUCAUGAAACACCCACACACACUCAAAUACGCAGUCUCACGUGCAGCCAUUGUGUACUAUUUCACAUGCCAUCUCGACACGUACACGAAGCCGAAGAUAGAUGUUUCGUCGUGUGAGUGUUCGUCUCGUUCGCCAUAAUGAUGUUCAAACAACCUGAAAAACAUACACACACAUACAUAUAUAUUAACAUUCAAACAGACACAGAACUUCUCUCGUGCGCUCGGCAAUGCACUCGGAAAAAAAAAUCCCGCCCCCGCUCUCCCUCUCUGUCUCUGUCUCUUUUGCUAUACUACUCGUCCCGUCUCACUCUCAUCUCUUUCUCUAACCCGCCGCGCUUCCCCGCCUCCCCGAAAUCCCGUCUAUCGUCUCGAGCAGACGCUCCCAGUUCUACGCCCCCUUACACCCGUUCCCCUCUCUAUCUUUCAUCAUUCUCUUAUUAUUAAUAAAUUAAAAAUACAAAAUGAAAUCAACUCGUUGUUAGUUACAAAGAAAAGCUAAUUUAAAAAAUUUAAAAAUAAUGAAGAAACUCUAGAAGUAGUGAGAAGAAUCAACAAAGAACUAAAAUUUAGUAGAAGCAAACUAAGAAGAAAAAAAAAAACAAGGAUAAGCGCAAGGAAAAAUUGUUAACGAAAGUGAAGUGAAUAUAUUAGAAGAGAAUAAAAGUUGUUUUAAAGAUUGUUUUUAUUCCUUCUCUCGUGUUGAUGUACGUUCCUUUCCCUACCCCUCUCACUCUGUCCUUUUCUUCGGUUUCCACCCUCGCUUUAGUUUCAACCUUUUCUCUGUUCUGUUUUCCGUUAAUUUUUGGUUCCACUGUUUUCCUCCUUUAUCCUCCUCUCUUGUUUUCUCGUUUUCCAUUUCUCAUAGAGAAGAUGAUCGCUUUCACGCUUCAGGAAGAUCCGGGCCAGGGGUCUACGCUCCUUUCUUCCUCCCAAAAAGGGCCGUGUUCAGCAGGGGAGACUUUACCAAGUUUCUCCGCUGUCGAGAGCGCCGUCAACACCCAGCCCGCCCUUCCCGGGAGGAAGCCCAGAAAAAGGGGGGACCCCUCCCGCUUCCAAAUAUUAAUAUGUAAGAAGCACAGCCGAAAGUGGUCGGUCGAUUUUUAAUGAGCUCUUAUUUGUUAGUGCAUAAUAAAACUGAAGCAAAAUAAAACAAGCGAAAAUUGUUGAUUUUUAAGCUGAAAACCAUAAACCAACAAUUUCUGAUACAAACACAAGCAGAAUUACAACAACCGACUACAACAACAGUAAGCUGCAGAAUAAAAUCCAAGCGUCUAAUAUUUAAUAAAAAAAACAAGUACAUAGGAAGCAGACAAAAUGUAAGCAACGCGUCACAUAAAACUGCCCGAUUGUUGUAAACUAAUUAAAAAAAAAACAAGAAAAACGAAAAGAAAAAAGUAUUUCAGCAUACAAAGAAGAAGAAAACCCAUUUAAAUGUAAAGUGAAAACAAACCGCAGAUAAACCAAGUUAGCUAAAUUUAAAGAAAAAGCAGGCUAUUUGAAUUAAUACCAAUAAAUAAAGGAAACAAGAAGAAAAAACUCGUUAUAACAGCUGUAGAACAGAUACAAAAUCCAGAAAACACACACACUCACACAGAGCAGAUCAGCAAAUUGAUACGCAAACACACAUACAGACCCACACCACAAACACACACCCCUUGAAAAUAAGAUUAAGAUUAAAGCAUACAACCAAGGACACAAAAAAUGGAAACAAUAUUAUCUCUUCAUGACAGCAAAACAGACCCAAUCCGACUCCGAAUUAAUACCGAUACUCCCCAGAAAAAAAAAACACAAACCACAACAAAAACUUUAGGAGGAUACGAAACACACCCACACAUACGCGCAGAAGACAUUUUCAAACAAAAAAAGAACAAGAGAAAAAAAAACACAACCAACCAAGAUUGAUAAGUAGAAGCAAGCUAAAGUAAACAAAAAAA